AUCAGUCAGGUUAAGGCUGACUCGACAUACCUGGCACCCCCUGCCAUAAAAGCCAGUGUUCAGCCCAGACGGGUUCACUUUGUUGGGCAUGAUGAGGGUUCUACUCGCAUUCGCCACAUUGAUUGUGGUCACUCUCGGAAAAGAGACAUUUGAGGGGCAUCAGGUGCUUCGGGUUAUCCCAAAGGAUGAAGUCCAGUUGUCUCAUAUCAAGGUCCUGGAGGACAUGAUGGAGUUUGAGCUGGACAUCUGGAAGGGAGUGACUGGUGUGUCUUUUCCUGUGGAUGUCAGAGUUCCUUCCCACACCCUGCAGUCUGUCACAGAUUACCUGGAGAGCCUGGACAUCGACUACUCCACCAUGAUUGAAGACCUGCAGGUGCUGUUGGAUGAGGAGCUUGAAGAAAUGGAGUCAGCUGUUCUUGAUUCUGAGCCCAGGAGCACUGACAGCUUUAACUACGCUACGUACCACCCCAUCAAUGAGAUCUACAGUUUCCAGGACAUGCUGGUGGCUGAGAAUCCCAACAUGGUCAGCAAGAUAGUGAUCGGUCAGAGCUUUGAGGGCCGUCCCCUCAAUGUGCUGAAGUUCAGCACCGGUGGAACCAACCGUCCUGCCAUCUGGAUUGACACUGGAAUCCACUCCAGGGAGUGGGUCACUCAGGCCAGUGGAACCUGGUUUGCUAAGAAGAUUGUGACUGAUUAUGGACGUGACCCUGUUCUCACUGCCAUCCUUGACAAGAUGGACAUCUUCCUGGAGAUUGUGACAAACCCCGAUGGAUACUACUACACCCACAGUAAUAACCGUAUGUGGCGUAAGACAAGGAAGCCCAACCCUGGGUCCAGCUGCGUUGGAGUCGAUCCCAACAGGAACUGGGAUGCUGGAUUUGGACAACCUGGUGCCAGCAGCAGUCCCUGCUCAGAGACUUAUCGUGGACCCAGUGCUCACUCUGAGCCAGAGGUCAAGGCCAUUGUGGACUUUGUGAAGUCUCACGGCAACAUCAAGGCCUUCGUAUCCAUCCAUUCCUACUCUCAGAUGCUCCUGUACCCCUAUGGCUACACCUAUACCCCUGCCAAGGACGAGGCUGAGCUGCACAAACUGGCUCAGAAGGCCAUCACUGACCUGGCCUCUUUGUAUGGAACUCGCUACAGAUAUGGCAGCAUCAUCAACACCAUCUAUCAAGCCAGUGGUGGCACCAUUGACUGGACGUACAACCAGGGCAUCAAGUACUCGUACACCUUCGAGCUGAGGGACACUGGCCGCUACGGCUUCCUCCUGCCAGCCAAUCAGAUUAUCCCCACAGCUGAGGAGACAUGGCUGGCUUUGAUGGCCAUCAUGGAUUACACCUUCAAGAACCCAUACUAAUGUGUGUGUUUGCAUCUGGAACAGCUGGAAAUUCAGUACAGACCCCUCAUUGAUUAAACCUCUCUAAAACUAAAAUAUGAAUAUCUCAAUACCCUUAAGAGCAUAGACAGUAAAAGAAAGAAAUAAACACUGGAAAACUAAA